AUGUCUUAUCCUCCUUCAAAAGAAGACGUCUCUUUGAAACUCCCCGUCAAUUUGACCACCACCACAAACACUGCUAGUCAGCAGCAUCAACAAGAACAGGAGUUGUUGGCUAACUUUGCCAUUCCGAAUCCUCCUAUCACGUCUGCAACUCCACUGAAUGAGACCCUGGCGCCUAAAGAAGGCGGUAGUGUUUCUGACGACAAUGUGUCUGUCUCGUCUCCCCACGGCACUCCUCGAACCCUCUGGAUGGGUGAUUUAGACCCUUGGCUUGAUGAGCUUGGAAUUGAACACUUGUGGUGGCAGAUUCUCCGCAAAAAGGUGAGCAUUAAAUUGAUCCGUCCUAAAAUCCCCAAACAGGAUAUGGGUUAUAACAUGUACAGUGGUGGCUUGUCGCAUUCAGGCUACUGUUUCAUUGAGUUUGAAACGUUUGAAGAUGCCAAAUACGCCUUGAGUCUUAAUGGUCAGUUGUUACCCGAUGUAGCGAUUCCGCUGCAAACACAGUUUCCUAACAAUCCAGACAAUCAGAAAAAGUAUUUCCGGCUUAAUUGGGCCAGUGGGGCCACCUUAUCUGCCCCAAUUGUACAGAGCCCUGAGUACAGUUUGUUUGUGGGAGACUUAUCGGCAUCUACAACCGAAGCCCAUUUGUUGGCAUUCUUCCAGAAGUCGUUCCCCAGGUCUGUCAAGACUGUGCGAGUUAUGACUGAUCCAGUAAAUGGGAAGUCCCGUUGUUUCGGGUUUGUUAGAUUCACAGAUGAACUGGAACGACAGCGGGCAUUACAUGAAAUGAACGGAGUCUGGUUUGGAGGCCGUCCUUUGAGAGUGGCUUUGGCCACCCCUCGUUAUAAUAAAAAGUCGUUUGAUAAACCUCCUCCGCAAGAGAUGAUGUACAUGACGCCGUUUGGAUUCUAUGGCACCAGCCCACUUCCUCCUCCAGGAAGUGGACCAGGAGUUCCUAUGGCACAUCUUGAUGAAGAUGCUCCGUCAAGUGACUCGGCGUCUCUUGGAGCCUCUGGUCCUUCGAGUCCUGGCAUGUUUGCACAAGGCCCUGCCCAAGGUCAACUCACACAAGCUCCACCAAUGGGAAUGCCCAUCAACGGGUUUAAUUCUCCCAUGAUGGGACCUCCACGAACCCCAAUUCUCAACAACCAACACGGGCAACCGUACAACGAUCCUACCAACACCACGGUUUUUGUGGGUGGACUUUCACUGGAGGUUUCUGAGCAAACGUUGUUUGCACUCUUCCAGCCAUUCGGCGUGGUACAACAAAUCAAAAUCCCUCCCGGUAAGAACUGUGGGUUCGUCAAAUACAGUACCAGAGAAGAAGCCGAAGACGCCAUUGCGUCCAUGCAAGGAUACAUUAUUGGUGGGAACCGAGUAAGAUUGAGUUGGGGCCGCGUAAGUGUUAACAAUAAGAAGUUCCAACACCAACAACAGCAAGUUGCCCAAGCGGCCCAAAUGCAAGCUGCUGCUGCCUUGUCUAUGGGAUACGAUCCUGCCAGUGCCAUUGCGGCCGCUGCGGCCGCUGCUGCUGCUGGAGGAUAUCCUCAUCCUCCACCGCCAGGAAUACCACCGGGAGCACCUCCCGCUCCCCCUGGUAUGCCACCUCAUGUGAUACCUCACCAUCAAAUGCCUCCUCGGCCAAUGGGAAUGCCUCUUGUUCCAGGUGCUUCUCCAGGAGUGGUUCACUCGCCUCAUCAAAUGUUUCCUCCAGCAUUUCAAUUGGCAUCUCCACCGGGACCAGAAGAGUAUCCAGAUGACAACGAGCUGAGCUAUGACCAACCACAGGAGUAUAAUAUCAUCCAGGCAAUGGAGUCGGUUACCUUGAAGGAUGAUGAGAAGACUCAAACAAAGUAG